CGAACGCGCACGGACCCGCGAGGACCGCUCGCUCCGCUCCGCUCCGGAAUUCCGCACCCGGCGCCGCGCGCCAUGGACCAAGACUACGACGCGAUCAUCCUCGGCACCGGGCUGAAGGAGUGCCUCCUCGCGGGCCUCCUCAGCGUGGAGGGCAUGAAGAUCUUACACAUGGACCGAAACUCCUACUACGGCGGCGAGUCCGCGUCGCUGAACCUCCGCCAGCUGUGGGAGAAGUUCCGCCCGGGGGAGCCGGAGCCGACGCACUACGGGCGGUGGCAGGACUGGGCGUUCGACAUGGUCCCGAAGUUCAUGAUGGGCAACGGCCUGCUCGUGCGGACGCUCGUGCACACGAGCGUGCACAACUACCUGCAGUUCAAAGCCGUGGACGGGUCGUACGUGGUGAAGGGCGGGAAGACGUACAAGGUGCCCGCGACGGACAUGGACGCGCUCAAGUCUUCGCUCAUGGGGAUGUUCGAGAAGCGAAGAGCGCGGAGUUUCUUCAUGUACGUCCAGGACUACGACGAGACCAAGCCGGACACGACCAAGGGGCAUAAUCUCAACGUGAUGACCUCUCGCGAGCUCUUCGCGAAGUUCGGGCUGCAAGACGGCACCGUGGAGUUCAUCGGGCACGCGCUCGCGCUCAACGUCGACGACGCGUACCUCGACCGCCCCGCGCUUAAGAUGGUGAAGGCGGUCAAGCUGUACGAGGAGUCCCUCGCGCGCUUCAACACGGGAAGCCCGUACAUCUACCCGCUCUACGGGUUAGGCGAGCUCCCGCAGGGAUUCGCGCGGCUCUCCGCGGUGUACGGCGGAACGUACAUGCUCGCGAAACCGGACGUGGAGGUGACGUACGACCCGGAGACGAAGCGCGCGACCGGGGUCACGUCCGAGGGGGAGAGCGCGCGCGCGAAGUUCGUCGUGGGGGACCCGAGCUACUUCCCGGGAAAGACGCGACGGAUCGGUCGCGUCGUGCGCGCGAUUUGCAUCUUGUCGCACCCGAUACCCAACUGCGGCGACGCGCACUCGGUCCAGAUCAUCUUGCCGCAGGCGCAGACGGGGCGGCAGAGCGACAUGUACGUGUUCGGGUGCUCGUGGGCGCACAACGUGUGCGCGAAGGGGAAGUACCUGGCGUUCGUGUCGACGACGGUGGAGACGGCGAACCCGCACCUGGAGAUCGAGCCCGGGCUGGCGCUGCUCGGCGCGUCCCCGUUUGUUUUAUUCUUCAUCAACGUCACGGACGUCAUGACGCCGAUCGCGGACGGCAAGGAGGACGGGUGCUUCAUAAGCGCGGGGUACGACGCGACGACGCACUUCGAGAGCACGGUGCUGGACGUCCUGGACAUGUACACGCGGAUCACGGGGAAGACGUUGGAUCUGAGCGAGAAAGAUCCCGCCGCCGCCGCCGCGGAGCGGUGA